AGUAUGUAUGAUGUCGUCGUUCGAAGUGAUACUGCAAUAAAAUAAAAAUUUCGUAGUUUCCGCUGCAAUGUAUGGUGAAUACUUGCGAUCAAUGUAUCGAAAGCGAUAUUGAUCAUGAAGUGCUCUGCUCGUUCCUAUUCCUCUCUUCUCCCCUUCUCUUCAAAAGCAAAUCUGUCUUGCGUAAAGACUUUCAGUACAAUUUUGACUCUCUGCACAAUAAUGCCCUCUCCCGCUUUCGCUCCUGCCCUCUGAUUCAUUUUCCAGUCCUACAAUCUCAAUCACGAUCGCAAGUUCAAACGCACGAAAUUCGUUCUAUCGAAGCAGGAGCUGAUAGUUAGUAGCUUUAUUUCUAUUUGUACUAGUACAACAAACAGCAAGCAGCAUCAGCAUUUCUUCCGCUGCGUCCUUCCAAGAGCAAAUUACUCCUAUUCAGCAAAUGCGAAGACUCCAGGGACGAAAAAGAAUAGGAGUGAAUCGCACAGGGACAAUCUAAGGCUUAGAGUCGAACAGAUUCAAAUCAUCAGCACUCGGCUCGUUUACUUAAGUAUAAAUGUUUCUAUUGUUGUAACUACUACUACUACUACUCCCCUUGCUGGGAAUCACUACUACUACUACUAACUCUCUUGAUCAUGCCAAUGCCAUUUCUUUCGACUUGUGUAAAAUCUUGCUGCACCCGAAAGAAAAUUGAGGUUUCUGACGUUUCUUCGGGAGAAGUGUCUAAUGAAUUCUGAU